UACCAAGCAUCAAUAAAUUAAAUCAAUCAGGUUCAUCAAACUGAAAACUAUUUUCUACACUGAUUGUGAAUUGUGAGUCUCAAAUUUGUGAUAUUUACUAGAAAAAGAAAGGGAACUGAAAGAUGGGUUCUGCAGUGAAAGCUUGGAUGGUUGCAGCCAGCAUUGGAGCUGUGGAGGCAUUGAAGGACCAAGGGUUUUGCAGAUGGAACUACACCAUAAGGUCACUGCACCAACGUACGAAGAACAACCUGAAGACAAUAUCUCAAGCCAAGAAGUUUUCUUCUUCAUCUGGUGCUGUAGUAUCUGAUAAAGUAAGGGAAUCCAGGCAGGCAGAGGAGUCUCUGAGGACAGUCAUGUACCUGAGUUGCUGGGGUCCUAACAACUGAGGCGCCUCUUCAUACCUUUAGAGUCUUGGCAUGUACAGAAUUUGAAGAUUUGGUUCUAUGGCCACAACUACCACAACUAAGUCCCUUGAGAAGAGAAGAAUGAUCAUUAAUUCUGAGCAAAUUUAGGACAGAGAUGAUCGACUUUUUGUAACUUGUAGAGAACUAUAAUUACAGCUAUGUUGGAUGCGAUUUAUAAUGAUUGAGAAUAUAUUGCAAUUAGGGAUGAUUUUGUACAUUAUAUAUGAUUGGAAUGUAAGCAUUUUGGGAUCUGUCGGGUAAUUUUAGUAGACAUUAAUAUUUCACUGUUA